AUGGCACCUAGGAAUUCGGGUACUGAAGAAAAAGAAGAUUCUAGAAAACAAAACAAAACUGUGGAGAUAUUGAAUGAAUCAAUAGAAGAUUAUUUAGAAGAACUGGAGCUUUAUAAUGACUGGAUA